GGUAUAAUAGUCGACAAAGCGGUACUCGACAUUUCUCGAAAGGACUUUAUACUAGGUCUUACCUACGUCGGUACCUCUAGAGUACGAGGCCCUAGAGAUAUUAUAUUUAAAGCUACCUUUAACUUCUAUAACCGCUUUAAGAGCGGCAAAGUCCCCGGUAUAGUUGUUAGCCGGUACGCUAACUUAGUUCGACGUCGAUUAUAG